UAUAUUAGAGAUCAGACAUAAUAUAUUAGAGAUCAGACAUAAUAUAUUAGAGAUCAGACACAAGGUUUUUGAUAUUGGACUUCAGACAUCUGAGGACACGUGACAUUAGCUAUUAGACACGGUGUGAUGGAUUGUUGCCUGGAGGAACAGGAGCAGGAACUUUCACACACGUUUCCGUGUCCCUGUCGCUUUAAGAACUCGUGCACGUGAACUUCGGCGAAGACGGAAGUAAGGCGCUCGCGCGUGCACUGUGACGUGCGCGUGCAGCGAUAACGUUGCAAUAGAAGCCGUGUUAUUGGCCGUGGGUGAACUUUGCUUUGAGAACAUGCCGCGUGAGCAGCGGAACCGCAGCGCUCGUGCCUCUGCUGAUCACCGGCUGGACUGAGAGGAGGGCACCGGAAACCGCUUGACGUCGAUCUGCUUCGGUUUGUUUUGUUUUUUCUUUUUCUUUCUGGUGGACACACACUGAGCGGAGGACAUGACGGAGAAACGGCUCUCGCGCUGGUACUUCGGUGGCAUCGCCUCGUGCGGAGCGGCGUGCUGCACGCACCCUCUGGACCUGGUCAAGGUACAUCUGCAGACCCAGCAGGAGGUGAAGAUGAGGAUGGUGGGAAUGGCCAUGCACGUGGUCAAGAACGAUGGAGUUCUCGCGCUCUACAAUGGCCUUAGUGCCUCCCUCUGCAGACAGAUGUCUUACUCACUGACCAGGUUUGCUAUCUAUGAGACCGUGAGGGACAUGAUGGGCAGUCAGGGUCCCAUGCCCUUCUACCAGAAAGUCCUGCUAGGGGCAUUUGGAGGAUUUACAGGAGGCUUCAUUGGGACACCGGCAGACAUGGUUAAUGUCAGGAUGCAGAACGACAUGAAGCUUCCCCCUGAGCUCAGGAGAAACUAUAAGCACGCUCUGGAUGGACUCUACAGGGUGUGGUAUGAAGAGGGAACGAGGAAGCUGUUCUCAGGAGCCACAAUGGCGAGCAGCAGAGGAGCGCUGGUCACUGUAGGACAGUUAGCGUGCUAUGAUCAGGCAAAGCAGCUGGUAUUGGCGACCGGAUUCCUAGGAGACAACAUUCUCACUCACUUCCUGUCCAGCUUCAUCGCUGGAGGAUGUGCUACGUUCCUGUGUCAGCCGCUGGAUGUGUUGAAGACACGGUUGAUGAACUCUAAAGGAGAGUACAGAGGAGUGGUACACUGUCUUACUGAGACUGCCAGACUGGGACCACUGGCCUUCUACAAGGGUUUAGUUCCAGCUGGGAUCCGAUUGGUUCCUCACACGGUUCUGACCUUUGUCUUUCUGGAGCAGCUGAAAAAGUACUUUGGCAUCAGGGUGCUCAGCUGAGCAGUAACCGUCACCUUUGACCAUUUUGGGGACUCCCACUACCACGGUGACGAUCCUGGAAUGAGCUGGAACACACACACACACACACACACACACACACACACACACACACCUCUUACAUAAAAGGGCAUUAUAUGGAUAUACCCAAAUAUAUGAACACACACCAUGUAGACUGCGUAGUGACACUAAUUCACACACACACACACACACACACGCCAGUAUACAGUUACUGACUGUAGCCCAUCAAUGAUGCUGCACAAAGUAUUGGCACCCCAUGCACUGUCUCUUAAUAGAAAGGGAAAACCCCCAAACACACACCGAGCGACCCGGAGAACGAAAAUACGCUUUUUUUGUAAAUUUGAUUCGAUCGAACAUCAGCACAUCCUCCUGCUUUAGUAUGGUGACCAUCAUUUCAUACGAUUCAGAAGUUCUGCAAAUCCAUUUUCCAGUUUCUAUCUGUGUCUAAUUUCCAAGAAUAAAAAAAAAAAAUUAUCUAUUAUAUA